AUGGCAGACAUCGGACAAGGCUUGAGCGAGGUCGAGGCACCCGAGCCUGUGCAGAACAAGAACGAGGCACAUGUCACCUUCCACAGGUCCCUCGAGGAUGAAGUCGCCAGCCAGCGAAAGCGAAGGUCGCGCUCGCCGUUCCAGUUCUCCUUCUACAUCGACAGCACGCCCAGAGACUCACCAUCCGUUGAAGGCGAUGAUACUGAAGGCACCCAGGAGUACUCAGCCCCGCCCAGCGUCGCCAACUUGGCUGAGGCGGCCCCCGGCGGGAUCGUCGAGAACCCCAACGAGAGGGGGGCGCCGCACCCCCGGCGCAAGGCCGGCAAGGCCAGCCGGCUCCAGACCAACGUCUUCAUCUGGGCACACAUCGUCGUGUUCUCGAUCCUGGGCACGCUGGCGCGCGUGGGCCUCAGCCUUCUGACGGCGUACCCGGCCGAGCCCGCCCGCUUCACCAGCCUCUGGCCCAACUUCGGCUCGUCGCUGGUCCUCGGCUUCCUGUCCGAGGGCGCCGAGCUCUUCCGCCACCCCAAGGCGGCGCGGAGCCUGUCGAGGGCGCCGCCUGUUAUCGCCAAGGAGGACACGGGGGGCUGGUCUGCGUCUGACACGGAGGCCGGUGGGCGGGAGAAGGAAGGGGGUCGACCUGCUGCGGAGUCUCCCCCCCUGGCGGUGCCGCUGCACAUCGGCCUCGCGACCGGUUUCUGCGGCUCCUUCACGACUUACUCUGCCUUCAUGCGCGACAGCUUCGAGGCGCUCGCGGGCGUGCUGGGGACUACGUCAGGGCCUUCCCCAGGCCAGGACUUUACGAGCGUGGCCGCCGUGAUCAUCAUCACCAUAAGCAUGAGCAUCGGCGGCCUCAAGGCUGGGGCCCACGUCGCCAUCUUCCUCAAGCGCUACGAGAAGAAGCUCCCGCGGCGCGUGCUGCGCGGCAUGGACCGGGCCUCGGUAGUGCUAGGAGCAGCGCUCUGGGCGUGCGCGAUAGCCAUGGCCAUCGAGGCCGUCGGGCGCGAGAAAAUGAUGGCGUGGAAGCGAGAUCUUGAGGAUUACAGCCGCAACCUUGACGCGCAGGUUGAGUACUAUUACAUGAAUUAUGCUGACGGGACACAAGACGUGCUGGGUUCUUAUGGCGAAGAAAGGGUUCAGAUGGCUCUGGAAGUAGCCGCAAGGUAUGACCCGACAGGAGUCUUUCAGAAGCGUGUGGUGGGAGGUUUCAAAUUGCCAAAUGCUGCCAAGCAGGUUUAA